ACCAAAAUGGUAUAUGCUUAGCAACUGGACCAAUAUUACCACUGGACCAAAAUGGCACCUCGGAAGCUAUUUCUCAGAUGACCAAGAUAAGCCCAAAAUUAUGUGGAUAUGUUUUACUUAGAGGCUAAUCCAGAAAUAAGCUAGAGGGAUCUGCCCAUAAGAGUUGCACUCCUACUUUCUCUCUCAUAAAACCUUGUGAAAGAGGAUAUAAAUAGAGCCACUCGGCCAGCAUUCGAGCAUUAAGUCAUACAGAGGUUGUUUUACCGACAUAGGAACUCACCAAUCCAUAUACUUUGAUAUCUGCAUUGGAUGAUGUGAGAGGAAUGAAUCUCUUAUGUACUUUGGCAACAAAUGUCAUGCACGUCUUAGAAGUAACCAAUUUACCUAAGUGACAUAUGCAAAUCAUACUGUUGGCUGACCCACGUGUCUCCCUAUCAUGGAACUCACGAGAUAAUUGUCGUAGGGGGACAAUUGAACAUAGAAACGUUGUGAGUGGAGGAAUUCGUUAUGAAAUCACUAAACCACAUUUGUAUGUGUCAGUUAACGAAUCAAAACUGAGUCUAAGGAAACUCUAGGGAGGAGCUUACGUGCCUAUGCAACACAUUCCUUUCUACUUUGUCCCCAUCCAGUAGUUCAGUUUCUUAUCUUUUUCUUUUGUUUUCCGAUGCAAAUUAAGGGCGACCUUAACCCUUGAGACACCUCAAUCUCCACAAUUCGUCUUAAAAUCCAAAGAGUAGAUCCCUUACUGACGAAAUAAGGAAACGUGAUAAACUCAUAGAAAAUACGAUUCUGGUUACCGACCAAAUAAAUUUGGAUGCUAACUAUAGCAGAUUUUUCAACCUCUUUUUUGUUGAAAGGCAACAUGAGAUCAAGAUAACUAGUUGGAGCUCGACAUGGGAUUGAUGGGGGUUGGAACAUAUCAUUGAGGGACAAGCACGAGAGAUUUGGCCAAGUUAUUGGUCAUGAGUAGAACCAUUGAGACGGAGGCCAUAUGUAUCAACAAAAAGUUAUAUGACUUGUGCGAGUAACAUUACCUUGCUUGGCUCGAUUUUAGUGAAAAAUAUAUUGGUGGUGGUGGGGAAUUGAUGGGCAGAGAGAGAGUGGAAGGUGGCGAUGAUGAGUGCGUGUGGAGUGGAAAUUUGGCACGCCCCUCUUCUUCUCCAUGAUCUCUUGUAAGCCCCAAAAACCCAAAUAUCACACUUGAUGAUGGUCUCCACUGCACGCCUUUCCCUUGUCUCUACAAAGAUAUCUCACUUUCCAUCUAAGUUUCUACUAGAAUCGCAGACACAUUCCUCAAGCAAAGAAUAUUGCUUUUGAGGCCAGAAUUUUGGGUAAUUGUCACCACCACCAUCAUCCCCUCCUCAACCCAUCAUCAUCAUCUUCUUUUAUCCUUUUCUUCCCAUCUUCUCUUCGCCUUUUCCACUUUAUCAAUAAAGAGAUUUACUUCAAGUUACUAGAAUCGAUUUGCUAUACUGUUCUGUCUCACUAACUAACAUAUAAGCUCCUAGCUAUAUAUGUAUCCAGCAACGAACUAGUUUCUUAACAUAUUGAUCUAGUUAUGCUGCCUACCACCCUCCCUCAAGCUGAUUGUGGAUGGUAAGAUUGGAGAUGAGGUAGGCAAAAGUGUGUUCAUGCUAAGUUAGUUCAAUGCACAAUGUUAUAAGAACAGUAAAUCGUUAGUGGAACAUUCGGGGGAAUAGUUUAUGCAUGUAUGAUGGUCGUCAUGCGUCAUAAAUUCAGGAAUUAAGAACAGAGAUUUAAAUUGGAUGAGAGGAGAGGAGAAUUGGACCAGAAUUAGAUGAUAUAGAAUUAGGGAUAGGAUUCUUAGACGAGAAUAGAGAGGGAUUAGGUUUUAACCAAGAAACUCUUAGUUAGAUUUAUUUUCUGGACAAUCUGAAUAUGAGAGAUACAAGGGGUAUUUAUACUCCACAACCCCAAAACCUACGGCUAAUUAAUAAUUACACUAAUCAUCCAUAUAAUAAUAAGGAAAAUAAUAAUAAUAUUAUUAAUAGUGUUGAUAUUGUCCAUAUAUCCAUAGAUAGUCCAAAGAUAUUUUUAUUUUUUUUGAGAAACCCAAAGAUAUUAUUAAUAGUAGUAGUGUUGAUGAAUCCAUAUAUCCAUAGACAGUCCAUGGAUAGGCAUGCAUAUCAAUAGAUGAUUAGGAGUAUGUUGCAUGAUUUCGAACAUUUUGUGGUAAUUAUUUUUAUGGAAAAUGGUUUCCAUCUAUUUUUAUAUUUGGACAUUUUUUUUGUACGUUUGCAAUUAUCGAAAUAUUCUAGUAAUUUUAGAGGGUUUUUAGGUAUUAUUUGGUAUUUUCUUAUUUAAGAGUUGGGUAGUUUAAGAGAAUUUGUCAGGUUAUGCAUUUUGUUUUGUGACUGUGGCGCCCACCUUUCUAAUUUGUAAAACUAGAACUUUAAUUCUUAAUUAAAUAUGGGUCAAACGAUCAGCAUCUCUGCCUCUACAUAAGAUCUUUCCAUCCAUUCCCACAACUGUAGAGCAUCUCCCUCUAAAUAGAAGGACGCAAGAUGUGUCUCCCUAGUCCUUCUCUUCAUGGGUGGCAUGAUUUCGCACCACUUAUCAGCAACAUACAACCACAGUCAUACAUCCUUUUUGCCGUUAAACUUGGAAACUCAAUGGUCGGAGACUUGACCCUAAAAAGCAUAUCAUCGCCAUCGUCCUCAUCCUCAAAAGUAGAGUUAUAUCCACCAUACCUUCCAAUCUCGUUGCUACCAUGGCAAAGUCUCACUCGUCCUCCUCCCCAUAGUCCUGCCAGUCAGUGGUGGAGGGAAGGCAAUAGGAGAGGGGUCUCAGGACCCCACAUGGAAAUUUUUUUCAGGGGAAAUCCAUUAGAUGAAUAGGCUUUGGUAUAAUUCUGUAAAUAUAGAACCCCAUAUUUUCGUCAAUACUUGUGGUAACUAAGGACCCCAAUCAACUCAAAAUUUAUUAGAUACAUAGACUUUCGUUGGUAUUAUUAAUUUUUUAAGGACCCCAAUGAGUUUAAAGUCUGGCUACACCACUGCUCCCAUUCCAGUCCUUGAUCCUUGCCUAAUCUCCAGAGUUCGCCCAGUUUGGCAAUUAUCAGGUGGAGGUGUCAUAACCAGAGAGUAGACUACAUCUGCAAGUCAUAGAGUGUCCUCCAUCCGUUCUGUUACCUGUUGUUGUCCGGUUCGAUUCGGUUGAAACCAAACCAUGCCUAACCAUUUUGUGUGGUAGGUCUAGCCCGCACCCUGCCUGCGGGUCUGGGUCGGCCCGGUCUUUACCUUAAUCUUGAAACUCAACUCAUCUUUCUCACUUUGCCAACCUAGACUCAGAUAGUUCAUCUUUUUUUCUCCCGCGGCCCGAUAUCCCAGCAUGGCUACCGUACCGAACGAGGAAGGAAAAAAGGUACUCCAAAGAAUCUAUAUCUUCCCAACACAUCGAACAUAACACCUCGCCAGUACUGAUAUACCUCCCUAGUCCACAAGACCUCCACAAUCGACAAAAUACGACGACGAAACAACCACCAGAUGAAAAACUUUAAACUCAGGGGUAAUCGGUAGUUCCCACUUCCCACACCUUUAGAUAGUCCACUACCGCACUUAAUACAUAAGAAAAUGUGCGUUUUUAACAUAACAAUGUGCCCUCGUACCAUACACAUAAGUGGAGGGGUUAAUCUGUGGGGCGAUCACUAGCAAAAGCAUGCACCAUUUUAUACCCUCAUGGUGGUGAAAAUCCAGCGUGGUUUUAUGUUGACAGGAUUGAAUUAAUGGAGAGCAGGCGACCAAUGGACACAUAUAGUGCCCUUGCCCCACGCGACCACAUUAACCUUUUCGAACACUGUCUUCUGUCUUCCCCCAUAACUAGGACGACCCUUACGAAACCCCAUGAGGAUUUUCUUCCUUAGCCCACAUCACUCUGAUAUCUCCUUUUCGUGGAUCUGAUCUCCACCUUCAAAACCCAAAAUCAUCAUUGCCACUUUUCUACUGGCUUGCUUGCCAUGCCACCAUCUUGUUCUUCUUUUCUUCUUGUAUAUAUAUAUCUUCACCCAUUCACUCCUCUCUUCAUAUCCCCCCUCCAUCCUCUCUACUCACCUUCCCUAGCUAGCUAUACUCUUCUUCUUCAUUGUUUGUAUCUUGGUUUAGUUGGUGUGCAAAAACAAAGCAAUAUGGGUGAGAUAUCUUGUGCUAGCGAGCCGAUUAAUGGAUUCUUGAGCCGCUCGUCUUCAUCCCCGCCGCCUAGUGGCUACAGGAAGAGUUGUUGGUACGAGGAAGAGAUCGAGGAGAACUUGCGAUGGUGCUUCGCUCUCAAUAGUAUUUUACAUACAGGAUCCACCCAAUACCAGGAGAUUGCCCUGUUCGACACAAAACCCUUCGGCAAGGCGCUGGUUAUUGAUGGGAAGCUUCAGAGUGCAGAGGUGGAUGAGUUCAUUUACCAUGAAUGCCUUGUCCAUCCACCCCUCCUUCAUCAUCCCAAUCCAAAGACAGUGUUCAUCAUGGGAGGAGGUGAGGGCUCAACCGCCAGAGAGAUCCUUAAACACAGAACCGUGGACAAGGUUGUAAUGUGCGACAUUGACGAGGAAGUAGUCGAGUUCUGCAAGGAGUACUUGGUUGUGAACACUGAUGCCUUCAAUGAUCCCAGGCUUGAUGUCAUAAUCAAUGAUGCCAGGGCUGAGCUAGAGAACAGAAAAGAAGAGAAGUUUGAUGUGAUAGUUGGGGAUUUGGCCGACCCAAUUGAGGGAGGCCCAUGCUACAAGCUCUACACCAAAUCUUUCUACGAGUCCACUGUCAAGCCCAGGCUGGCUCAGGGGGGCAUUUUCGUCACUCAGGCUGGACCGGCUGGGAUUUUCAGCCACACUGAAGUGUAUACAUGUAUCUACAACACUCUGAGGCAGGUGUUCAAAUAUGUUGUGCCUUAUGCUGCUCACAUUCCUUCCUAUGCUGACACUUGGGGAUGGGUCAUGGCUUCGGACAGUCCAUUGGAGCUAAGUUGUGAAGAGAUGGACCUGAGAAUCAAACAGAGAGUGGAAGGGGAGAACAAGUACUUAGAUGGAACCACCUUCUCCUCUGUGUGUACCUUAAACAAAGUUGUUCGAAAUGCGUUGUACGAUGAGACGCACGUUUACACGGAAGGAACAGCUAGAUUCAUUUACGGCCAUGGGAAAAAUGACCUUUAAGACAAACCGUGAAAAAGAAGAAGGAAAAAAAAUAUUGAAGAGAAGUUGUGAAAGCAAAGGAAUGAAGAAGAAACGCCAAAUGAAAUUAUAUUAUAUGCGACAUCUUUAUAUAUUGAUUGAUGAAAUGCUCUGUAUUUCUUUACUUUGACUAUAUGGUGUAUUUGUAAGUUAAUUAUGUAAGUCUUCUUUUCAUCCGGACGACAUUAUGAUAUGAUAUAUCCUCAUUUGGUGUGUGAAAAAUGAUGGCAUAGUUGUCUUUUGUCGUUGACUUGCGUUGAUAAUGAGAAUCAUCUUAAAGUAGACUAAACUAUUUUUGUAAUAGAGCAUCUCACUUGAUAAACAAGGCAGGUUUGACAAUUGCACCGCCAGCCUAUUUGGCAUUUGCUGCUUUUGACGUAUGUCACUGGAUUUGAAUGGGCUCACAAAGGCCUUAUGUAGAAUUGGGUGUUUGUGGCUUUUCCAGAGAGAUUGCUUUUGGGCCGCUUAAGAGAUGGAACAUGGAAUACCAGGCUGGGCUCGAUUAUGCUCAGUCAGGUCCAACCGAGUUAUAUUGUUGUGGGCUCAUAGCGCAGCCACAUUCAUCAUAAUUCAUUCCAUGAUGUGCAUAUCAUCCCCUUCACACCAUGCAAUCGGAUCAAAUUGGGUAAUUUUUAUUUGGAGCCUCGGGUUAUUUGUCUGGGUUUAUUGAGUUGGCUGAUUUUGGGUCAAAUAUUGACCAAACCAUCAGGUUUUGGGUCAGGUUACAGGUCGUUUCAGGUUGUGGGCGCUCUAAGAAACAAUAUCAAACAUGCUUCAUAUUUUUUUAAGAAACACAAAUCUUCACAUAUGCAUGGAAAUAGUUUACCUAAUACAUGUCAAUUCAAAUCCUCUCAUUCUCAUGAAAUGAAAUACAAAUUGCACAAAAUCGUCAAAAAAUAAUUUCAAGAGUAAUACAACUACAAGAAACACAUGAUAUUUGACUAUCAUUAAACUCCAAACAUGUCUUUCAAUCCCUGAGUAUUUUUUUAAACCUAUCACCAAUUUAUGAGUGAUUUUAUUAUUUUGGGAGUGACAUAUGAAGUGGAACGGGUCUAAUGGGUCGACCUGCUAGCUCACCCAACGUGACCCAAAAAACUAUGAGUUAAUUGGGUUCAGUUCAUUCGGGUUUCGGGUUAUAAAACUUCUAUUUUCCGGGCAGGUUCACAUCUUAAUUUGCCAGGUCUAAUCUCCUUGCUCCCGAGCCAACUCCGACAAACUUUAUUACUAGGAUGGUGUAGACAUGGGUUGUUAGUCGGUUCGGUUUGAAUAUAACUACAACUAUUCUUUUGGUCAUUGAUUAAUCGUUAAUCAAUUAUUGUGUCGGUUAACUGUAACUGUAUAGUCGGUUAAUGGUGAUUUAUGUAAGUUAACCAACUUAUCGCCUAGUAAGUGAUUAGACAAGGUUAGACCAAAAUAAUCGAUCUAUAAUCAAACCAACGGAAAGCUUCCCUCUCUUUUUUUCAAUUGCAUAUUUGUAGUUUUUUUCUCUAAAUAUAUGUAUGUUCUGUAUUACAGUUUUAUCAUUGAUUUGGGUUUGGCUUGUUGUUUCCAUUGGAAUUUAGAGAAUAAAGCUAAGAGAGGAAGGAGAAGAGUGAUGAGCGUGCGAAUUGGGUGAGGGAAACUAUUAAUGAAAAAGUUGGGGCCCGAUCUUUGAUAUCUUCCUCCAACAUAAAUCAUCUUAUCUUCUCCAAUCCAAUACAUAUAUCUACAUUUUAAUUUUGAAACCGUCGUGCUAUUUGUUUCUUUCCAUUUUCGGGUUCUUAUUGAAAGAAAAUUGGAAAAAGAAGGAAAGAUUCGGGAUGAGAGGAGAUUGUUUGUUCGAACUUCGAAAUUUUUUGGGAGAGACAUGACCGUAUUUUGGGGAGAAACAAUUGCGAUAAAUCAUUCUUAACAUA